AUGAUAGGAAGUACUACUCCAGAACCUCCCAUGAGGAGGAAAAGAAAGCCACCAGCUUGCGUUAGAUGUCGUAAAAGAAAAAUUGGCUGUGAUAGAGUUCAUCCAAUAUGUGGUAAUUGUUUUAGGUUGAAGAGAUUAGAUUGCACUUAUCCCUUAAAGGAUAAUGUAUCAUAUUCAUCUGCAUCUUCUCCUCCGCAAUCAUCAACUUUACAACAAAACAUGUCUCCACCAAAUAAUGUUGUAAAUUCAAAUAUUAAUAUGCAAGUGUCAUCAAAUCAAAUUAUUCAAAAUAAUAAUCCGCAAAUGCUAAACAUGAUAAAUACUAGUACUACUAUCAAUUCUAUUAAUGAUUUUAAACUACCUCUUAACAUGGAAAGACCACUGCCGCCAAUGAUUCAACAAACUGUUCAACCACCGGCGAUACCCUAUAAUAAUCUGAAUCACAUUGCUAAAAAGGCAAGAAGAUCAUCUGUUCACCCGAAGGAAAAGGAGAAGGAGAACGCUACAAAAGAUUCUAAUUACCUCAAACCAAAGAAGCCAGAAGUGGCCUCGUUAGAUGAUAUUAUUGCAUUUAAUACGAGACAAUAUUUUUUAAAAAAUAAAAAAUUUCAAAUUGCAAAAUUAAAAGAAGAAAAUGAAAAACCAUUAAGAAUCGAUGAUACAAAUUCUGAAUUUGAUUCAUUUAUCUCUAAUUAUGAUCAAAAAACUGUACUUAAUAAAGAAAUUGAAUAUUUAAAAGCAAAAUUGGUUGAUUUGGAAAGAGAACAAUCGAAAUUUUUAAGAAAAGAAGUAUCACCUGAUUAUAAUAUGGUAGAACCUACCAGCGAUGAUACUGAAGAUGAAGCUGAUGACGAUGCUACUUCCCGUGAAAAUGCAAAUACCAUAUCAAAAAUCCACAAAGUACCGAAACGUGUUGCAAUUGAAACCGAAUAUAAUAGAUUUUACAAAGAUCAAGUUUUGAAUAUAUACGCAUUACCCAAUUAUAAUAAUGAAUCUGAUUUUGGUAACAAUCCGUUUCUCCAAAAUCUGAAAACUAAGCCAAUACCUAUAUUUUCAACUCAAUUUUUGAUUUCUAAAGACGAGAAUCUUUGGAAGACGACCGAGUAUUCAAAUGGUAUGAUAAUUUCGAAUUUAAACAAAGGCGAAAUAACAAAUAUAGAGUCUGUACAUGAAGUACGGUUACCAUGCGACAUACCGUCUCUUGGGCGAAUAAAGGGUAUAAUGAAGACCAAAGAGUUUAUUUUACCUAGUCCAUUUUCGAAAUUAUUUAAUAUGCAUGAGUUGCUUAACACAAUGGAACCUUUCUUAACAGUCGAAAAUAAUUAUUUUGAAUUAUCGGGUGCUGCUUCUUCCGAAUUGGCUAAUUUUGGUAUUCUUUCAAUCUUCAUUUUUUUUUGGUCACAGAUAUUCGACACGUCUAGUGAACUUACAAUGGAUAAAUCAGUAAUAAUAAGACAAAUUGAAUAUAAUACCAGAACUUUAAAUUCAAGGUUAUUAAACUGUUUCCCUACUUUACAUAUUUUGAAAUAUUUUUCUGUGUGGAAAUAUUAUCAAUUAGUGCACGUAGAAUCAUAUAUGCUUGCUGCUGAUAAUGGUGAAGACAUAUAUUUGUUAAGUAGUCUUUCUAAUGCUAACGCCACAGAUAAAGAUUUCUCCAGCUUAGUUCCUUUGAGCAAAUUUAUAUUAACCACUCAUACUGAGAGACAUUUAAUAAGGGGACACCUGCCACUGAUACCGAUUCAAUCAAAAUUGAAUACAUUAGAAGAAAUAAUAACUAAAUUAUCAACUGGCAUAAGAUUUGAUAAUUUGAUGGUAUUAGCAGAGGAGCUUCGGAAGGGUAACAAUAACAUCCUGGAUGUUAAUGCAUCUUUGUUUUUCGAAUAUUUCAAGUUACUUCACAUAGAAACGGUAAUGAUAUCGAUGGUUCCAGUCUUACAAUUUGAAAGUAUAAUAAUAAAUUUAUUGGAUCUAAGUAUAGAUGCAUUGGCAUUCACGUUAAAUGAACGAUCAAAUAAUCCUAAUUUAUUCCUUUUCUCACAAUGGAAAUUUGUAAAUUUGAUAGAAAAUGUAUCAUUCGUACUACUGGGCAUAUUUCAAAGGUAUAGGGUUAUGAAACAUGAAUUGGAUACAACGCUUUGGAUAACGAUAUAUUCCAAAUUGAUUCACUUCAUUAAAAGUUUGCCACUGAAACAGAGUACAACGAUUCAAGAAAAUAUUCUGAGAUAUAUUGAAAAUUCAUCAAAUGAAGAAUAUAAUAUUGCUUCUUAUAAAUUCCAUGGGUUCCGUCAUUUAGAGGAACAAUCAAGAUUAGAAAUUAUCAAUAAGAAGCUUAAUGACAUUGGAAUGGUUAUUGACUAA